AUGAACCCAGGCAUAGGAACGCUGAUCAGCACCUUCUCCGGUGCGCUCCAGGGCACCGUCUCCGUCCUGCUCACCCUCCUUGCGGGCUACAUCAUGGCCCGCCGCGGCUUCCUCGACCACAAGACCGUGCGCAACGUCUCUAAGCUCUGCACGAGCCUCUUCCUCCCCUGCCUCAUCGUCGAGUCCAUGGGCCCGCAGCUCACCGCGUCCAACCUCCGCGCGGUCUGGAUCAUCCCGCUCUGGGGCCUCUUCAGUACAAUCCUUGCGCACGCCGUCGGUUGGCUCGGCCAGCGCGUCUUUAAGCUCCCGUACUGGACGAUCGCGGCCAGCGGACGCCCGAACUCGAAUGCACUCCCGCUUCUACUACUGCAGUCGCUCGAGAGCACCGGUGUGCUUGACACGCUGUCGCGCCCGGGUGAGAACGUCAGCGCGACGCUCGCGCGCGCAAAGUCUCUUAUCCUGCUGAACGCGAUCGUGCAGCAGACGAUCACGUUCCAGUUCACCCCGAGCAUCAUGGAGCGCGAUAGUGACCAUAGCAAGGAUAAUGACACUGAGCGGCAGGAUAGGCUGCGGCCGGGGCCUGGACGGCUCACCACGGUUGUGCAAGACCAGGAGCGCGUCGGCCUGUUGGACGACCAUGAGCACGAUUCGGAUGACGCGAGAGCGGAGGGAUACAGUGGGGCGCUCAGCGAUAUUGCCGACCAGCCCAACGUUCAUUGGCCGCACCGCAUCCGGUUUUUGGAGAAACCGCUGAAAACGAUAUGGGCUGGCAUGAGUCCGCCGCUCAUUGGGGCAAUCCUCGCGCUAGUCAUUGGUAUCACACCCGUGCUGCAUGACCUGAUUUUGAGCAAAGAUGGCGCGUUAUACACAAGCUUCACCCAGUCGGUGGCCAACCUAGGAGAGCUCUUCGUUGUCCUGCAAACCUUCACCGUAGGUGCUGAGCUCGCUCUUGUGCCGUCAACACAUCCGGGCGCACUCGCGACUUCGUGGGUCCUCUUCGUUCGGUUCAUCGUGAUGCCCGGUGCCGGCCUGCUCUUCGUGCUUGCCACAGCUGGUCGCGGGUUUUAUGUCGACGACCGCCUAGUCUGGUUCCUGCUCGUCUUGGUACCUGCAGGCCCAUCAGCGAUGCUCCUCGUGAGCGUCGCCGAGCUUGUGAACAUCAGUCAGGGUGCGAUAGCAGGAUACCUCACCAUCGCUUACAUGGUGUCGCCGUUGAUGGCGGUGGUGUGCUCUCUGGGUCUCGAGGUCGUAGCGGCUGCGGCCAAACGUGUUUCUGGGGUAUAA